AUACUAAGUCCAUUCAGCUAAUUUAGGAUGUGGCUAAUUGUUGAAAAGAAAUAUUCAGAAAUGUGAAAUUGAGAGUUGCUCCUUCGAUUUACAUAGUUCUAAUAUUUUAACACAUGGUAUAGCAUUUGGAGUUGAGUUUCAAAAAAAUAAUUAAUUCCAUUACGUUCUUUAACUGUGAUAACAUAAACUAUCCAGAAAUUAUGACAGAGUCACAAAAGCUAACCAAAUAAUAUUAUCUUUUUUAAGAUUAACAGUAUGAUUACACAAGUUACAAAUGUACUUGAGGUAAGGGUGUAGUAGCCUAACAAUUUAGAAAAGAUCAAGUAG